AAGCUGUUAGCUGCUCCUGUAGCCAGCAGCACUCAAACCUUGUAGAGUUUUGCUCUCUGAGAUUUGUAAUAAGACACACUCCUCUCACAAGAGUUCAUGCUACAACCUAGCAAAGAACUUUACAUUUUUGGAAGAAUACUAUAUUCAUUUUGGCUUUGUGCAGAGAGCCUAACUCUACUUUUCUGCUUUAAGGCAAAGUAAACUCGUGGCCUCUUCCUCUCCACCUCUCAAAAUGAUAGCAAUCUCUGCCGUCAGCAGUGCACUCCUGUUCUCCCUUCUCUGUGAAGCCAGUGCAGUCGUCUUACUCAAUUCCACUGACUCAUCCCCGCCAACCAAUAAUUUCACUGAUAUUGAAGCAGCCCUGGAAGCACAACUAGACUCUGCGGAUAUCCCCAAAACCAGGCGGAAGCGCUACAUUUCGCAGAAUGACAUGAUCGCCAUUCUUGAUUAUCAUAACCAAGUUCGGGGCAAAGUGUUCCCACCGGCAGCAAACAUGGAAUAUAUGGUUUGGGAUGAAAAUCUUGCAAAGUCUGCAGAGGCUUGGGCGGCUACCUGCAUUUGGGACCACGGACCUUCUUACUUAUUGAGAUUUUUAGGUCAAAAUCUAUCUGUACGAACUGGAAGAUACCGCUCUAUUCUCCAGUUGGUCAAGCCAUGGUAUGACGAAGUGAAAGACUAUGCCUUUCCAUAUCCCCAGGAUUGCAAUCCCCGAUGUCCUAUGAGAUGUUUCGGCCCCAUGUGCACACAUUAUACACAGAUGGUUUGGGCCACCUCCAAUCGAAUAGGAUGUGCAAUUCAUACUUGUCAAAACAUGAAUGUUUGGGGAGCUGUAUGGCGCCGUGCAGUUUAUUUGGUAUGCAACUAUGCCCCAAAGGGCAACUGGAUCGGAGAAGCACCAUAUAAAGUAGGGGUACCGUGUUCAGCUUGCCCUCCAAGUUAUGGAGGGUCUUGUACUGACAAUCUCUGCUUUCCAGGUGUAACGUCAAACUACCUGUAUUGGUUUAAAUAAGUUUAUCUUUUCCUCCAGGAAAUAUAAUGGUUUCUGGGAAUCAUAGGCAUAUAUAUAUAUUGAGUUUUGCACAUAUUAUACAUAUUUUAUCAUAAUCUUGUUUUCCUUUUAUUAUUCAUUGUAAAGAUUAGUGUUUAUCUUGUAUGUUUUUUAAUCCUUAGAGGUAAUCAAACAUCCAUUUCUAUUUUCUGACCUCUAAGUCUAAACUAAAAUACUGUGUAUGUAGUAUUGACAUAGUUGAUGCAUCCAGUUCCAAAGCUUGUUUUCCAAAGAAAUUAUGUCACAUUCCUAACAAAUAGAACAUAUAUUUGGCCUAUAAAUACACAUACAUAGACAAUGUAAUACAUAGAUAAUUUGAUUUUGUAGUUAACUUGGAGGAAUUUUUUAAAAAUCCUAUUCGAAACAAUAUGUUAGGUGAUAGGACAUCUCCUGCACCCAUUUUUUAAUAUCCCAAAACUGAUCAUUUGCAAACUACUAAUAAAACUCCAUGAUAUCUAGAUAUAAUAAUUAAGAACCACAGAUUUCAUUAUGGAAGUAUUUUAUUUGGGUCCACCAAAAGAUAUUCUCAAUUUAUGUAAGGUUGAACACAUUUAUUUUGCUUAACCUCUUUUACUGUACCAGUAAUCAUGUGUGGAGUGGUUAUGAUGGGCAAGGCACUCUGCUAGUUAUGUUCUGAUCAUGAUCAUGCAAGGAUAAUAAGACAUAAUUCCUGUCUUCAAGAAGCUCACAAAAAUAUUCAGGAAAUAAUGCAGCGUAAUUAUUGGGUUGUCCAAAAAGUUUGUUCGGAUUUUUCUGUGAUGUUACGGGGAAACAAACUUUUUGGCUAACUCAAUAUCUUGCUGAAAAAAUGUUAUUUGUUAACAAAUUGAUUUUUCAUGUAAAUUUGAGGAAGUGAACCCAACGAUGUUCACAUGUAGGUGGAAUAGGUGAUAGGCCACACCGUGUAAUAUAAGUCUCCUGGUUAGCAUGAAAAUGUAGCUAUAGUACUUGGAACUAAAUGAGGCAGGGAAGAAUGAACAACUGUGAGUGUAAAUAAUUGAUUCGGAAGGUGGAAAGCAAGACCUAAGUGAACUGACGAGGUCCAAGAAAAGUAAGAAUCAGGAGACAGGCAUGUAAACCCACGGAAAUAGGGUUACCGUGCACGCGCGCACACACACACAUACACACGGAGAGCCUCAGAAAGGCACAGCCUGAAGGUUUAAUAUACCUUGAAGCCUGUGAGCAGGAGGUGAAGGAUAUCAGAAAGAAACACGCAGGUGCUAAGGGUAUUAUCUGCUCUCCAGUCUAUUCAGCAUGAUGGUCCUUGAGCAUCACCUGGAAAAUCUCAUGUACACACACAGACAGCGAUGGUUUUGUGAAAGGGGUCUCUUCAGAUGAUUUUCUAAGCACUAAUUACCAAAUUCUAUUACCAUAUCUAAGUAGAAGAAUAUCUUUCAGUUCUCCAUUAAGUUUGCGUGUGUGCAUGCGCAGUCGCUUCAGUACUGUCUGACUCUUUGCAACCCUAUGGACUGUAGCCCACCAGCCUCCUUUGUCCAUAGGAUUCUCCAGGCAAGAAUACUGGAGUGAGUUGCCAUUUCCUUCUCCAGGGGAUCUUCCUAAAUUAGGGGUUGAACUUGCAUCUCCUGUGUCUCCUGCAUUGGCAGGUGGAUUCUUUACCACUGAACAAACUGGGAAGCCCCAAAAGUGAAGCAUGGUGGAAAGCAAAUCACUGUGAAAAUUUCCCUCAUGUGAUUUUGGAAAUAUUUAUUCCCAAAUCGCUUUCAGAGAGGAGAAAUUCAACACAUGGAUCAAGACAACACAUUACAUUUUACAUGUGCAUGCAUGUGCGUGUGUGUGUGUGUGUGUGUGUGUGUGUGUGGUUCAAGUUAUAUAAUGCUGCAGUAGAAUUACAGAAUCAGUAAACACAGUUAGUUCCAGAGUACAAAUAACAGGAAGGAAGCUACUUGUUUAAAAUUCCCUACACAUUUGCAGUUUUUUAGUGUAGAUUCAUUGAAAGAUGACAGAUAGUUAAUUAAAUCCAAUGGGGGAUUAUCCAGCAUCUGGAGUUCAGGUUUUCAUGAUGACAAAUAAUUGGCCAGAUUUCUUUCACAUACUGAAUCUGACCAAAUGUUUUCCUAUCAAACGACUUUGCUUUUGUGGGAACAUAUAUAAUCUUUAUUAAAAAUAAGUAUUUUUGGAGACUAAUAUGAAGAACAGAAAUAACGGGAAGAGUCAGGUCUCAAAUCAACUUUUAGCUAAUAUACACAGGCAAUUGGAGAGAGAGUUCAUUAGUGGGAUAUUUGUUUGCUUUAUCUAGAUAGUCUUUCUUGAGUUUCCUAAACUAGUUCUACAGAAGUAGUAAAAUAACUAUUAAACCAAAAAAAGGCUAUAAUCAGUUCCAUCCUAUUGCUGGUUUACUCGUGUGGCUUGAUUUCUCAGGUCUCAAAAAGAAUAAUGAUAUUUGCCAUGUGAUUCACAGAAGUUCAUAUGAAGGUAAAAUUACCAUAUUAAUAGAAAAUCAUGAAUAUUAAAAGUAUUAUUAAUGUUAUUAAGCUUUUAUUUGAGAUAAAAUUAAGUCUUUCAUGAGCUCCUCUUUGGCAGAAAUUCUGUCUUAUCUUUGUGUGUUUAUACCAGCUUCUUAUAUAAUGGCUAUAGUGUAAUAAGUUUUUAUAUGAAUGGGUUUUUAGAAUUAACUCAACAGUCUAGUAUUGCAAGAAUUAGAGGAACCUCACCUUUCCAUGUUUCAUUAAGACAAAAAUGUCUUAAAUUCAAAGCUUUGAGUGCAUCAACAAUCCAGAUAAAGCACCAAAUAUAUCAGAUUAAGACUAGGAACGACGUACUCAUAAACUUGUACACAACAGUCCUUUCCAAAUAUAAGUUUAUUUAUAACUUAACAACUGAGCUGAAAAUGUAACGGGUAUAUUUGUUAUUCUAUCUGUGUUUCUUAAAGUUAGUAAUAUAAAGUGGCCAUGUGAAAUGUUUUAUUUUCUAGGCUAAACCAAAUGAACAUUUGCUUGAAUCAACCCAGAGUGUCAUACUUUUCACAGCAGGCAACAAUGGUGCUAGGAUAGCUAUUUCUCACUGUAACUCCCAGAGGGAAAAAGGGUCUGGGCAUAAGCUAUUUCAUGAGAGCAGCUUUAAAUAGUAUUGAGGUUUUCAUUUCAAUAGGUUUCAUUCGAAAUGGUGAUUGGCAUACAUAUUCUACAGCAUUGAAUUUUAUCUUUGGUAUGGAUUUUUCAUUACAUCCUUUAUUCAGUAGAAAAAAUGUUUAAAAAUUCUGUCAUAACAUCAAUUCUUUUGGCUUCCAUGUCAUCAAAAGACUGGAAAAAUUACAAGUUGAUCUAUUAAACUGAUGGAUUCCUUUACAGAAUUGUAUUUGAGUUGUGUAGGCACACUCUUAAUGUUCCUGGUUAUGGUAGGUAAGUUUGCUUUUAAAAUGUGGCAGAAACAAUUUUCAUUGUUAUCAUGUUUUGUUUUUCCCUGUCCAGUAGUCUAAGCAGCAUCACUUCCGUGGUCUGUUAGGACUUCCCUACCAAGUUCACUUGGCAGUUCAUUUGAAACUUUUGUGGAGAUACUCAUUUGAAAGUUCCAUGAAGUUUUAGCACAGAGCUGAUCAAACAGUAGGGAAAAUUCAAUCAGUAUAAUUUACUCAGAAUAUUUGAAUUGAAGCAAUAUAUAUUUUUCUCAUUAGUAUAUGCUUGUGUUAGAUCAACUUAUAACAUCUACAUAAGCAAUCAAAAACAUAUUUCAGUUCAGUCGCUCAGUCGUGUCUGACUCUUUGUGACCCCAUAAAUCGCUUUAGGCCAGUUCAAGUGUUCUGUGUUCAUAUCCUGCUUAUUAAGUGAAUACAUAAGUUAAACAGAUCAUUUGAAUGUGUUCAGGAAGGAAAAGUCAUGCUUAAACUGGGGUCUGUUUUCUCCCCCUUGUAUAACAACAUUCCCAAUGUUCUGCAGUAGCAUAGGACACCAAUCUUGGAUAGAAGGAAGCCGUUUCCUAUGAAAGUGUUUAGGGAGACUAAAAUAGAUUUCUAUCAAUGUCUAAUAUUAUCUUUGUUUUAUAUUUGCAUUUUUUUGUAUUGUUAUAUGUGUGAGGGAAGACAUUUAAGCACAUGCAAAAUGAUUUUUUUUAAAUUCUGUCAUCUUCUAACUUUGACUUAUAAGAGGCCAGUCAACAGCUUAGAAAGUUACACAGUUCACUCAUUAAUGGUGCUGAAAAUUCAUUACAACCACCAUAUACUUGCUUUAAUUUUGAAGUUUCUUUGCAAUUAAGGUUUUUAAUAAGUGUGAACUAUCAGUAUCUAGUCUGGUGCUAUAUAUGUGGUGCUAAAUGAAUUGUUAGUGUUAGCAGGUUAAGAAGUCUCUUUUUAUUCAUAGUUACAAAUGAUGUCCUUUCAAUUCCUGAUUUAGAAAUAUUAAUAACGCCGUUAAAUGAAUCUUAACCAAAAUAAGCCAGUGCGCUCUAUUUUUAUAUAAUAAUCCAACAUUAUUUGGGUGUUACAGAAUGCAAAUAUAUUUCUUAGAAUUUAUCUAUCUUUUUGAAAAGCAUUUUUAAACUUCGAAUGUAAAAUUCAAGUUAUCAACUAGAGUACAUCUACACCAACCGUGCUUCAGGCACUGGCGCCCUCUGGUGGUUGUAAGAACAAAUUCUCGAUGGCAACUUGGCCUGCCAAUAAAACCACUUCUUCAGUUCAAUAAAAAACUAAGUUGCAUAAUAUUAAAUUCUUGGAUACUCUGUAACUCUGAUGCAAUUAAAUAUGCUUGAUUCUAUUUACAUAAUUUUUAGGAGGGUAAUACAUAUAUCUUGACAUCCAUUUUCCUAAAUAAUAAUAAUUUUUUAUGGCAUUCUAGUCCUGAGGUGCUUAUUAACAGUGUUCUUUUUUUGAACUAGGUAUUAAUAAAAUAUGUUUUUAAUUUUUUUAUAUCAUAAAUACGGUAAGAGGUAAAGCUAGUGAACAGAACUCUGUGUUUCACUUUCAGGAGUGAUCAUUUAUUUUUAUAUAUUGAAACAAUUUCAUAUAUCAAAAGAUUCUCUCUCCAUUUUUACUUGAUCUAUAAUUUGAUAAUGCUUUUUGGUCAUACUAUUGAGCUAAUGAUGACAUUUUAUUGUUCUAUUCAAAUUCCUUCUGGACUUAAAAAUAUACAUAAAAAUUUAGGAUUAUAUCCCCUGUAACUAAUGAAAUCAACAUUUUUAGAUAACCUUUCACUUGAGUUGUGCAGUUGACUAAGUGUGAUAAUCUGUUUCAACAAAGAUAUUUCUUAAACUGUGUUAGCAUAACCAAAUGAAAUAUAUUUUAAAGCAGUUUCCCAUGUUAGUAUUUUCAAAUUUAUUUUAAAGCAAUAAACCCUUUGUAUGAUCUCAACCCUAUACCAAGCUCCAAUAUAUAAUAUGCAUAACGUGGACAAAACCUUCUCCAGUGCCUUGGAAGUUUCUUCUAAGAGGCCUAGGAUUCCAUAAAACCACUAGGAAGACAUUGAUCAAAGUCAUCCAGUUCUCCCCAUUUUCUCAAAGAAAUCAACUAAUUAAAGACAAAAAAAAUGGAGACCCUAAAAGUUUUGCAAUGGUUAUCUUAAAUUCUUAAGUACCCACUUCACUUUGCAUGUGUUAGAAGUCAAACUAAUUGAUGGAGCAUUUAACACUGAUUUUAACUGGUGCUUGGUUAUAGAUUACAGUAUCUUGUGCUUUGUUAUUUGACAAACAGAAUUUUGGUACCGUAAUAUUUUGAGAAUUAGAGAUAAUUGUGAUGCACAUAGAACAUGUUUAAAAAUAUCUGAAUGUUUCAAAUAUGUACAUAAUCCUAAAAUUGAUUGUAUCAUUUUAGAUUUUUUAAAAGAUUAAUUUGAUAUUUUUUAUUCAUUACCUAAUACUGUGGCAGUAAAAGGUGCAUUUGAUGUUGUGAUAUAAUGUCAUGAAUGUGUACAUACAUUAAACCUGUGUAAACCUCUGACUUUAUAAAGCAUAACAAGUGUAGCUUUUUGAGCCCCACUAUAGUAUUUUUCCUUCAAUAAAAUAUUAUAAUGAA